UGAAACAAUAAAGUGGAAAAAUACUGUACUUUUACGAACGGCAGCUUUUUAUAUUUACAUAAUUGUAAAAUACUAGUUUGACACCGAAGUAAAAUAUGACCCUUCCAAAGGCUGCGUGGAUCGUGUUUUUGUUAUAUUCACUUAGCUUCUGUCAAUUUUGUUAUGGAAAAUCAAAACGGAAAUCACUAAAUGUUUUGACAUUCAACACAUGGCUGCACGAGUCCCUUGUGGAAGCCUAUGUCGGAAAAGAUGCUAGAAAAGACAGAAUAAUCAAAGGCCUUAAAUCUUCCAAAGCAGAUGUUAUUUGUUUGCAAGAGGCAUUCAUCGGACAAGACGUCGAAGAUAUUGUAAACGGUGUUAAGAAAGAAUAUCCUCAUUCAUUUAGCGAAUUACAUGACGAUGUCAGCAAUCUCCCGCCACAGGCAACGGAAAACACACAACCACCGUGUGACGACACUCGUCUUAACGCUUAUACAACAUGUAUUGCAACCAAUGGAUGCAAUACUAAUGACACGAAACAAAAUGCAGGGUGUUUAUUGGCAAAUUGCUUGACACCUGCCUUUGCUUUAUUUCAACUAGAUAGUCAGGAUUGCAUCAAUUGUUUAUCGAUGUCCUUAUUAAAUAUCGAAGCGUGCUCAGACAAAGAAAGUGUUCUUGGUGGAAGACAAAUGAAUAAUGGUGGUCUACUACUGUUGUCAAAAAAGAAACUUCGCAAAGUUUCAUAUACUGAUCUCUAUCCUUCAACAAAAGAGUCUAUUUCAAGAGGGUAUCUUACAGCUGAGAUAAAAGAUUUUGCACCAGUUGUGUGCGCCCAUUUAAGCCCUGCCACGUCCGACGUGUUUUUUGAACCUGAUCUCCUUAAUGCAGGAUUCACUUCAUAUUCUGAAAUGAAUACAUUUGAGGUAAAAGCUCUCGUCAAACGUUUUGCGGCGAUUAAGCCUGUUAUACUGUUGGGCGACAUGAACACAGGACCUGCAUUUAAAUCAAAACAAACUGCUCGCCUCCCAAAUAACUACAAAAGACUUCAGAAACAGUUCAAAACGAGACCAGUGAAAGAAUACACAUUCAAACAUCCUAUCGAUGCAUCCAAUCAAUCGAUCCUUGACCAUAUAUUUGUUAAGAAUCUUUCAAUUCUUAAAACUAAGAGAGCUUUCGUUCCAAAAAAGGGCGAAACUCCUAUGAGUGACCACGUUGGUGUGAUGUCCACCUUGAAACAACAAAAAUAAAUCAAGAUGAAAGAAAUAACAAUAUUUGCUUGUCUAGCACGCAUUCACUGUCUGAGUGUAUUACAUGUCAUAAGUUUCUCUUAUGUGAAAUUAGUCUUUGGAGCAAAAUGUAUAACAUUCAUUUCUUUUACUAUAAUUAAUUUGUUAUUUAUUUUACAUUCAAUAUUUUAAGAUAUCUUCCAAAGAAUAGUAAAAAGAGCGUACACAUAUGUGUUCUUUAUGUUUAUCAAAAUCAGAGUGUAUCAAGUAAUGUUUUCUUUAAUUUAUUUUGUCCAAUCGAAACUAGUAGAGUAAUAAAUACAGUUAAAACUUGA